UGAUAGUGUUCUUCAAAUAUAUGGAAUAUCUCAAAAUCCGGAUACAAAGGAUUACACCUUGGUUUUGCAAGAUGGAUAUUGUGAAGCAUGCGGUAAAGAAUAUAUUGAUGGAUGGUGUAAACCAUGUCUAAUGAAUUACUUGAAAGAUGAUUUUACAAAUUGGACCAGUGGUAAUGAAAAAUUAGAUGCUUUCAUUCAAGAAAAGCAACUAAAAGUUGAUUAUUUUCGAGAUAAGAUAUUUGAAUGGAUACCGUACGACCAAUUCCGUAACAUUAAAAAGAUAGGCCAAGGCGGUUUUGCUACAGUAUAUUCAGCAAUAUGGAAAGAUGGUCCAUUGUCCUAUAACACCUAUUUAAAGAUGUGGUUAAAUGAAGUAAAUACAAAGGUCGCUUUAAAAUGUUUACAUGAUUCAAAAAACGUGACAGAUAAGUUCAUGAAAGAGAUUAAAGCGUAUUCGAUGGAUGAGGAUAGUCACGUUCUUGAAGUAUACGGAAUAUCUCAACAUCCGGAUACAAAAGAUUAUAUUAUGGUUCUUGCGUAUGCGAAGGGUGGAAAUCUUCAGGAUUGGAUGAAAAAGAAUUAUAAAAGACUUGAUUGGAAUGAUAAAUUAUUAGUAUUAGCCGAUAUUUGUAAAGGACUCGAAGGAAUUCAUCAAAGGAGGAUGGUUCAUUGUGACUUUCACACAGGAAAUAUAUUGUUCAAAUGUGAAACUUAUUCUGAUUCCGAACUUAAUGCAUUUAUUUCAGAUAUGGGAUUGUGCGGGGAAAUUGGUAAUAUGGAUAAUGAAAAUGUUUAUGGCGUCAUGCCUUAUGUAGCUUCCGAAGUAUUAAGGGGUGAACCCUAUACUCAAGCAGCGGACGUAUAUAGCUUUGGUAUGAUUAUGUAUUUUGUAGCCACUGGAAGACAACCUUUUGCUGAUCGUGAACAUGAUGAGUUUUUGGCAAUAGAUAUAUGUAAAGAAAGUAGACCAGUAAUACACGAGCCAGAAGCACCAGAAUGCUACAUUGACUUAAUAAGAAGGUGCUGGGAUCCAAAUCCAGAAAAUAGACCAAAGAUGACGGAAAUUGAAGAAACGAUUUUUUCGUUUCAAGAAUCAUACUAUAAAAAUGAUCACGAACUCAAUGAACAGUUUAGAGAAGCAGAAAAACAUAGAAAACUACACCUUGAUUAUUUUGAGGAAGAUAAUGAAACUAUUUCUCAGGCCAUUUAUACAUCUCGGUUGCUUAAUCCUUAUUUAACUGACUGCUUAGACUGUGAAAUAUGAUUCAAGUUGGAUAAGAUCAUGAAAUAAUAUUUUAUCAUUAAACAUUAUUAUUAUUAAAAUAUCAUUGGUGUUAUUAUCCCCUACUUAUAUGAUGUAUUGCGUCGUUGAGUUUAAAGUAACAAUUAUUUUUGUUCAACAUUGAUUAUAUAGAGUAAUAAAGAUCGGUUUGUAAAUUUAA